GUGAUGGAGAACGGCGACUGCGAGAUGGCGCGGCACACCAGUGACAUCACCUUCAGCACGAACAUAAGCCCCGCCACAAGCCUGACGAGGAAACACCUGAUGUGGCAAAACGCCGUUAGAAACAUCAUCGACCAGCACAACCUGUACUCGCUCAGGCUCGCCGGAGGCCUGGAGAGAGGCAGACACCGCAUCACCGUCACAGACGCCUACAUCGCCGACAUCAACAGGCAGAUCCGCUCUAAGGCGUCUCGCGGAGCGCUCUGGCAGAAGCGGCGCUCGUCAGCCGCUCGUAUCCACCCGUCGACGCCGAGGAUCACCGCGGCAACACAGACAAAAAACGACUCGCUCGGAGAUGCCGACUUCUUUGUGUCGUGGGGGUCGUCAGUGCGAGGAGUCUUCAUUCCCGCACUGCAACACACAUUCAAGUCUCCGGACUUGGAGCAGGUCUACCAGCAGUUCUCGUCCGGUCAGAGAAGAACCUCGCUGGUCGUCACCAACGUGAUCGACAUCCUGACCAGACUCCUCAUCUCGCUGCUAACGUGGCCGCCGGGCUGGUGGGGCGUGGCCUCUGUUUGGCUGGCCGGCCUGUCGGUCGUCCUGUGGGCGGGGAUCUGUGUGCUGGCGCUCAUCAGGAGGGAGGUGAUGUCAUCGCCACAGUGCCUGAGGUACCUGUCUGUGGUGAGCUGGCUCUCCCAGAUGCUGCAGGUGUUGGUGGGCGUGUUCAGCUGGGCGGAGAGCGAUCACUCCUGGUACGUCUUCUUCUCCCUGUUCUCCACCUACACUCUGCUGUUCCUCCCCCUCCUCUGGUCCAUCAUCGCAGGAGCGACCACCUCCACCCUGCACCUGCUGCUGGACUUCUGCUGUCAUUACGGCGACCGCACCUUCAUCAGAAAGGUGUUGUCGAAGGCCUUGUUGUACCUGGCCAUGAACAUCGCCGGUCUGUUCAUUCACUACCUGUCGGACCGGACUCAGAGACAGGCCUUCCUGGAGACCAGACGCUGCAUAGAGGGGCGAGUCAGACUGGAGAGAGAGAACAACAGACAGGAGCGUCUGGUGAUGUCCAUCCUGCCUCGUUUUCUAGUUCUGGAGAUGAUCUCUGACAUGGCCACCAUGGACGAGUAUCUGCUGCCUCAGCAGUUCCAUAAGAUCUACAUCCACCACUACAAAGACGUCAGCAUCCUGUUUGCAGACAUCAUCGGCUUCACUUCUCUGUCGCUGAUCCUUUCUGCUCAGGAACUCGUUAAAACUCUCAACGAACUCUUUGGUCGCUUCGACAGGCUGGCUGAGGAGCAUCAGUGUCUGCGUAUCAAGAUCCUGGGUGACUGUUAUUAUUGUGUAUCUGGAGUCCCAGAGCCUCAGGGAGGACACGCCCGCUGCUGCGUGGAGAUGGGCCUCAGUAUGAUCAACACCAUACGUUAUGUUCGUCGGGAGCUGCAGCAGGAGGUGGACAUGAGGAUCGGCGUCCACUCCGGUUCGGUUCUUUGUGGAGUUCUGGGAGUUCAGAAGUGGCAGUUUGACAUCUGGAGCUGGGACGUCGACAUCGCCAACAGUCUGGAGGCUGCAGGAGUGCCGGGGCGCAUUCAUAUCUCGCGGGCCACUCUGGACUGCCUGAACGGGAUCUACGAGACGGAGGCGGGGCACGGCCAGGAACGUAACGAGUUUCUACGGAAACACAACAUCGACACGUACCUGAUCCGCCCGGCGCCACAAGACGAGGUGGAGCCACCGAGAGCGAGACGUCCGAGUUACGACGAGAUGACGACCUGGAGCGCCGAGCUGCCGUUCGGAGACAUCCUGGGAAUGAACUUUAUCCUCGCCACCUUCACGAAUGGCUCUUUAACACAGCUGCCCAAUCAGGUUGCAGCGCAACAGUCGGGAUCACGGGAGGUCAACAAGAGGAUCUGUCAGGCCAUGAAGGUCCGGAGCAGCGAGCGAAUGAGGAAGGAGCACAUCACCACAUUCACUCAGGUGUUCAAGGACUCCCACAUGGAGGGAAAGUACUCCCAAAUGAGAGACGAACUCUUCAAGUCCAACAUGGUUUGUUCUUUCAUCCUGCUGCUGCUGCUGAUGGCCGUCCAGGCACUGAUCCCCGCCCCACGGUUGUUUUCGAUGGUGGCUCAGUUUGUGGUCAGCUGUAGCGUCUACUUCCUGCUCCUGCUGCUGACUCUGGGGGAGGAGUUUAAGCGUUGCCCCGCCCGCCUUCAGUCUCUCUGUUGCUGGGUUCAUGAAACCAAGAGCGCCCGAACCCUGCUCACGCUCACCGCCAUCGCCGUCAACUUCGGAGUCGCCUCCUCAGACAUCCUGUGGUGUGAUUCGUCAGAGACUCACAUCAACGGCAGUGACUCCAAGUUGGCUCCGCCCACCACCACCUGGUCCGACAUCAACAUCUGCACACAUCCAGAGUUCAUGGUGCUGAGCGGCGUGGUUGCCAUGGCUACCUGCGCGGUGUUCCUCAGGUUGAGCUGCGUGUUGAAGCUCGCUGUCCUCCUGCUGGCCACCGCCCUCUACACCUACCUCAUAGAGACACACAGGUCUCAUAACUUGUGCAAGAAAGGAGUUUGUGUCGUUCUCAUGGUGAUGUUUGUGGUAGCCGUGCUCUACAACAGCAGACAGCUGGAGGCGACGGCGCGGCUGGACUUCCUGUGGCGUCUCCAGGCGAGGAAGGAAGUGGAGGACAUGAAGGAGCUGAGGGAGCACAACGAGUGUCUGCUGCUCAACAUCCUGCCGGCCCACGUCGCCCAACACUUCCUGGGGAGGGACCGCUACAACGAGGAGUUCUACUCCGAGUCGUACGGGCGAGUCGGCGUCCUCUUCGCUUCUCUUCCGGGUUUCUCCGACUUCUACGAGCAGAAGGAGCUUGUUUAUCAGCACGUGUGUCUCCGCCUCCUCAACCGCAUCAUCACCGACUUCGAUGAGCUGCUGGAUGAAUGUUACUUCCAUGAGGUGGAGAAGAUUAAAACCAUCGGCAGUUCGUACAUGGCAGCUUCUGGUCUCUCUCCAGACAGACAGGAGUGUGAGGACGGCUGGCAUCACCUCAGCGAGCUGGUUCUGUUCGCCCUCGCCAUGCAGGAAACACUCACACACAUCAACGCCCAAACAGGAAACAGCUUCCAGCUCCGAGUCGGUAUCGCUCACGGCCCGGUGAUCGCAGGUGUGAUCGGAGCCACCAAACCUCAGUACGACAUCUGGGGGACGACGGUGAACAUGGCGAGCAGGAUGGAGAGCACCGGUGUCAGCGGGAGGAUCCAGGUCCCAGAAUCCACCAGCUGUAUCCUGGUGGAGCGAGGCUUCCUACGGCAGCUCAGAGGGAACAUUUACAUCAAAGGCAUCAGUGAACGCCACGGAAAGGUUCGAACGUUUUUCAUGAGCAGUCGCGAGGAACCUUCCAGUUUCAUGGAGCGUGGCGGUGGGCGGGGCUUCGGUCUGAACAGGAACACUCUGGGAGCUGUGGUCUACAGUCUGGUUCAGGCCAGGAAGAGAGAGAAGCUGAUAGAGGAGAACGGAGGCUUUCACCUGGUGGAGGCUUCGUAGGAGGAUCCAGUGACGUGAGUUAACAUCAGGACGCCAACCAGGAGAGAAACUAACGGUGCUCCAAACGUCUUCUUCUGACAUCGAAUUCAACGCGUUCUGUUUCAGGGGACGACGGUUUCGCUGUCGAUCUGAAGAUUUUUUGACUUUGUUUCUCUUUUGUGAAGUUUUUUUCUUUUUUUUAUAAAUGUACAUUUGGAUUCACAAAAACCUUUUUAAAAUCUAGAAGAGCAGCUGAAAAACCAACAGAAAUGUCUUUUCCCACGCUACAAAUGCAUCGACCACGGAGAGUUUGUCGAUUCAUUUUCUUGCGCUCGACUAAUCGAUUAAUCGACUAAUCGUUGCAGCUCUAACUAAUAUUAUAUUGUUUUUAAACAGUUACCUGUUUAAACUAUUUAUAUAAUCGAUUAAUCGUUUUAGGUAUUUUUUAAGCAAAAAUGUGGGAAAUUGCUUGUUUAAUCCUCUUAAAUUUGAGGAUUUGCUUCUAUUCUUUGUCAUUUAUGACAGUAAAUGAAGAGUCUUUGGGUUUUGGACUGUUAGUUGGACAAAAGAAGCAAUUUGAAGACGUCACUUUGGCCUCUGGAAAACUGUAAUUUCUUGACAUUUUACAGACUAAACGAUGAGUCGAUUAAUCGUGAAAACAGUCGGCAGAUUAGUCGAUAAUGAAAAUAAUCGUUAGUUGCAGCCUUAAUAUUUGUGUUCAUUAAUGGUGAUAAAUGAUGUGAACGUCCCGCGAGGUGCAGACAACUCGGCACAACACCGGCGAAGCUGAUGGUGUCUCUUCCUCGUCUGCCAACACACCCGCUGAAGCGCACCGACGCCCCCUUCUUUAAAGGUUAGGAUUAAAAGUUUGGAUUCAUUCUCGCUCUUUAAAAAGAUUUAUUAAAAGCUUCUUUCUUUCCA